AUGGGUGGUGGCGACUUGAAUAUGAAGAAGUCUUGGCACCCGCUCCUAUUGAAAAACCAGGAGCGGGUCUGGCUUGAGGAGAAGAAAGCGCUAGAGGAAAAGAAAAAGUUGGAUCAGCUGCGUAAGGAGAAGGAGGAAGAACGGCAGUUACAGGAAUUGCAGCGCUUACAAGAAGAGCAAACCGGCAAGAAGAGGCAAGAGAAAUUAGACUGGAUGUACACGACUCCAGCCACGGGAAGUAGCCAAAAUCAAAAUGAUUUGGAGGACUAUCUCCUCGGAAAGAAGAGGGUCGACAAGAUUCUGACUGCCGGAGAGAAUGAGAAAAUUGGUGCUGCUCACAAGAAUUUCAUUGCUACACAAUAUGCCAAUACUGCUCGUGAUACUGCUGCAAAAAUCCGUGAAGACCCGUUGCUCGCUAUCAAGCAGCAGGAACAAGCGUCCUACCAGGCUCUGAUGUCUAAUCCUCUUCGUUUGCGUGAGAUGCAGGAGCGCGCCGGACUUCAGCCGAAGAAAGAUAAAAAAUCCAAGAAAGAGAAAAGGCAGAAGAAAGAUAAGCUGCGGGAGAGAUCAGCCUCUCCUUACAACGAGCGGCGACGUUCUAAUUCUCGAGAUCGCUUUUCACAUCGGAAACGAUCGUUAAGUCCCAUCGACCGACGCCCUCGAUCCCCAGCAUACACAUAUCGUCGACACUACCAUGUCGACGAAGCUCAUUUAAGCAGGCGAGGUCGAAGCCGCAGUCCUACUCCUGAUUUCCACGUCAGGCGUCAUCGAAGCAGGAGCAGGAGCAGGAGCGUAGAUAUGAAAAGCAGGAGAGACAGUGACAGAAUCCGCACAUGGCCGAGGUCCGACGAAUCUGACGAUAAUGGUUACGGCGGGCGGCGGAAGGGUAAUCGCUCACCGGAUGAUAGGAAACGGCGUAGGAGCCCCAGCCCGUACUCUACUCUACCCCUGAAGCAUUCGCGCAUGAGUCCGGUUCCCCGCUUACCGCCAGCAAGCCAACCUGUCAAGACUUCAACGAACGGCACUGAGGAACGCGCGGCACGUUUAGCAGCCAUGACUUCCGAUGCAACAACCAUGACACAAGAUCGUCGGGAACGUCUUGCCCUUUUACUCGAACAGGAGAAGGCCGAGGCCGAAGCUGAAGGGAAAGCAAGAGCGAAGUCGAAGGGCAUGGGUGGUUUCUUGAGCCAAGAACAGAAGAAGGUAUUUGGGGGUGCGGGUGGUAUCGAGGAGCGGAUCCGAAGAGGCAGGGGUCAAAUGCGUGUUGACGCAGAUUGA